AACCCAAUCCCGAAGAAGAAUAAACAUUGGCGGGACUUUAUGGAAAGGUAUUGAGACGACAACAAAUGAUUUUAGCUACAAAAACGGAUUAACGUUAAUAAUCGGAUUAUAUAGGAACUAUGGAUCAUGAUCAAGAGAAAUGUGAGUGUAGAAGUCGUAUAAUGAGGUAGGCAGGAAAGUCUAAUAGCAGACAGAACAAUAAAAGCGGUAGCUGACGUUAGUUUCUUCACAAUCACUCCUAGUUAGCAAGCUAAUUUAGCUAGUAAUCCGUGUAACGUUAGUACUUUACUCUGUCAAUGAUAGCUAGCUAGCUUGCAGAGUUUCGAUUUAUUUAGUCAGUUCUGCCUAACGUACGCUUUCAAACGGGACAAGAUGAACACUGCCCGGGAGAUAAAACAGCUACAGAAAGCUAAGAGUAAAGCUCAGAGCAAUAAUAAUCUGAGAGAAGAGGCCAGUCUGUGCAAUCAACUGGGAGUGGUGCUGUCACGAAAUGGUGAUUAUGGAGCUGCCAUUGAGGAACAUCGGCAGGAAUUGCAAAUUUCCACGGCAAUGCAUGACGUCAUUGGACGUGCAGUGGCCAAUCGUAAGAUUGGGGAGUGUUAUGCGGAGAUGGGGAACAUUGAGGCGGCUUUGAAGCACCAGAGAUGUCAUCUCGAUCUGGCUCGCUCCGUCAAUGAUCAUGCAGAGGAACAAAGGGCACUGGCCACCAUUGGAAGAACCUUCCUCUUCCGCUACGAGUCAGACCAAUCGAGGGACAGCUUGAAGCAGGCGGAAGAUGCCUUUAUAAAGAGCAUGACUAUUGUGGACAAAAAACUGGAAGGAACAGUGGCUGCUCUGGAGCUGAGUGAGAUGAGGGCCCGUCUGUACCUCAACCUUGGGCUGGUGUGUGACCACCUGGGGGAGCCCAAGCAAUGCAGUGAAUACAUCCGCCUCAGCGUCUACAUUGCUGAGAAGAACCAGCUCCUGGAGGAUUUGUACCGUGCCAACGUCAACCUGGGCAACAUCUACUUCCGCAACGGGCACCACUCCAAUGCCCUGCGCAGUCUGGAGCAGGCCAAGGAGUGUGCCCGCAAGAUCAAAGACAAGUUCAGCGAGAGCGAGUGCUUCUACUCCAUCGGCAAGGUGCAGCUGUCUCUGGGGGACUUUGUGGCAGCCAGGCGUUCCCUGAAGAAGGCCUUUUCUCUGGGCUCCCAGCAGGCUGUGGACAGGGAGGCUGUGAAGAAGGCGUUCAAACAAGCGAUUCGGGGCAGUCAGCUGGAGGAAGCAGCGGGGGAGCUGGGUGACGAGGGGCGUUCCCAGGAGGCUGUGGGACUGGCGGAGCAGCUGGGGGACCUCUACUGUAAAGUGGGAUGCUACCGCAAAGCCCUGGACGCCUACCGUACGCAGCUAUCCAGUGCAGAGGCGUUGGGGAAGCCUGCUCGGGAGCUGGCUGUCAUUCACGUGUCCCUGGCGGCCACCUACGCAGACAUCAGGCAGCAUGACAAGGCUGUGGAGCAUUACAGACAGGAGCUGGCCCUCAGACAGGGCAACCCCAAAGAGGAGUGUAACACGUGGCUGAACAUCGCAGCAGCCCAGGAGGAGAGUGGGAGGACCGUGGAGGAUGUGGACUGUAGCUACGACACUGCCCUGCGCUGUGCACAGAGGGCUGGCCAACCCAAACUACAGAGGCGAGUGCUGAAGACAUGGCUGGCUGCCCAGAGCCGUGGGGGCUCGUCGCAGACUGAUGACACGCAGGCCAGGCUAGAGGAGCUGUGUGCCACCGAGGGCUGGAGUCCUGAUGGGGGGAGCGAGGGAGGGGAGGACGAAGAGGAGAUGGAGAACAGUGAACCCAUGGAGGACAGCGAUAUCCAGCUCUCAGACUCUGAGGACGAUGACAAGAUGGUCUGUAGCGGCAGGAGAAAGCCGGGUCGGUGGAACAAGAGGAAUGAGAAGGGGGAGACGUCUCUCCACAGAGCCUGUAUAGAUGGGAACCUGAAGCAGGUCCAGUACCUGGUGGAGCAGGGUCAUCCUGUCAACCCCAGGGACUACUGUGGCUGGACUCCUCUCCACGAGGCCAGCAACCACGGACACACAGACGUGGUGGCUCUGUUGCUAGAAAGGGGGGCUGACAUUAACGACCCGGGGGGGUCACUGUGUGAGGGGGUCACCCCCCUGCACGACGCCCUCAACUGUGGACACUUUCAAGCUGCCAGAUUACUGGUGGAGAGGGGGGCCUCAGUCACUGUCUGCAAUGCCAAGGGUGAGACACCCCUGGACAGCCUGCGUCUGUGGCAGAGGAUGUACAGAAGAGAGCUGGACCAGGAGGCCAGACAUGAGCUGUCCAGCACAGAGGAACUGCUGAGGAGGGCCCUAGCAGGGUUAGUCCCCACCGCUCCUGCACCCCCCAAGACAUUUGAUGCUCUGCAGGACAGCCAGCUGUUUGACGCAGAGAACUCAGAGCCUCUGAUCCCCACCGGGGGGCGCCAUUCGUCCACCAACAGCCAGCCCAGAACCAGGAGCCCCAAGGAGAGCGCAGUACCACCUAUCCCCAAACCGAGGCCCCAACAACGACAUAGAGGGACAGGGGCCUCCAUCCUCUUUGGGGAUGACAGCAGCUCCUCCGACCACAGUGACUUGGAUGGCGCGGUUAGCCCUCUGCGCCCUGUCCGACCACGCCGACGUUUCCCAGCAGCCCCAGCUCCACAGGAAGUUCCCCUCAGCCAGGAAACAAGCUCUUCUGUUCCUGAAGCGAGAGAGUCUGCGGUACCCUCUGUCUUUGGCAGGGAGGAGUACCACAGUGCCAUUCGCGGCCUAGGCAGUGCCAAGACCCGCCUUCUCUCCCAGAGCCUGCCGCAGUUCAGCAGCACACCGGCAGUGUCGGCCAAUAGCAGGCCAGCGCUCGUUCCCGAGGAGGAAUGUCUGAUAGAUGAUUGGCUGGAGAACGACAUGGGCAAUGUUCAGCCAAAGAAGAAGAAGAGGAGAGUGGGGGAGGAGCAGAAUGGAAGGCGGGACUUGAAUAUGAUGUCAUCAGGGGCCAGGAGUCAGAACUGUCAUUCAACCACGACUGAAAUGGCUAGCAGAGUGUCGACCUCCUCCAGUAGGGGUCUCCCUCUGCGCGGCAUGCCGCGGCAGGUGAAGAUGACUCAGCUCUCAGGCAUGGUAAUGCUGGGCCGCCGAGAGGUCAGCAGGCCACAGAGUCCCACCGUAACUGACGACGACGACCCUCAAGCUUCCACGCCGCCUCAGACUCGCUACAGCACUCAGCAGGUCCCAAACCAGACAGUCGCUGUGCCAAUGCUUGCACCAAUCAGAAUGCGGGUCAGGGUUCAAGCUAACGUGUUUCUGAUACCAGUACCACAUAGCGAGGCAGACUCAUGCACGGUGUCGUGGCUAUGUGAACAGGCGUCCCAGCGCUACUACCAGGCCUGUGGCCUCCUGCCACGCCUUUCGCUGCAGAAAGAGGGCGCUCUGCUCUCUCCCCAAGACCUGCUACUGGCUGUUCUCCACACCAAUGAAGAGGUCCUGGCUGAGGUGUGUUCGUGGGACCUCCCACCUCUUCCUGAGCGCUACAAGAAGGCCUGUCGCAGCCUGGCAGUCGAGGAGAACAAGCGUGUGGCUCGUCUGUGUGAGGUGCAGGACGGCAGUCCCUCUGUGUCAGUGUGUGGCCUCAGCCUGCCCCCCUCCUCCCUCUCCCCUCUCCUCCGUGCCCUCAAACUGCAGGCCAACCUCACACGGCUACAGCUGUCUGGCAACCGUCUCCAUGACGACCUCUUCCCUGAGUUGGUCGCCGCUGCCGUCACCAUGCCCCGGCUCCGCCAUCUGGAUGUGUCCUCCAAUCACAUCACGGGGGAGGGGCUUAAGAAGGCGGCGAACGCCAUGGAAGGGCAGACUCAACCUGCUUUCCCGUGUCUGGAGGAAUUGGACCUGAGUGUGAACCCGCUGGGUGAUGGUCUGUCCCAGGCCCUGUCCUGCCUGCUGUCAGCGUGCCCCCUGCUGGCCAGCCUCUCCCUGCAGGCCUGCAACCUCACAGCCCGCUGCCUACAGCAACACCGUCUCCUACUGGCCAGAGCCCUGGCAGGUACAGGGCACCUGAAGUCUGUGAAUCUAUCCCAUAAUGCUCUGGGCUCUACAGGCUUUGAGCUGGUCCUGAAGACUCUGCCUCUCUACUGUCUCACACACCUCCAUCUGUCUGCCAUCCGCUGUGGACCCGCUGACCACCCUGCUUUAGAACACCUGACGUCAGUCCUGUCCCAGGAUGACUGCUCCCUGACCCACCUAAGCCUGGGGGGAAAUGGACUGACGGACAGCAGCGUGGCCACCCUCGCCAGAUGUCUGCCUGUCUGUCCCUCCGUGGUGUCUGUGGACCUGUCAGGGAACCCGGCGGUGACCUCAGCAGGACUCUACAGCCUCCUCUCCGCCCUCCGUGACGCCCAGAGACCUUUGACCCAUCUCAACCUCCAAGGUUGUCAGGUAGCCGGCCCCUGGGACAGCUGUAGUUUGGACGGCCUGUCAGAACAGGUCCAGGACCUGCGGCUGUGCUCCCAGAGGCUCAACAAACUGGACCGCGAGGCCCUGCGGCAGACCUGGGGCCAGAGGAGUCCCGUGGGCCACUUCCUCUCCAGAGAUGCCAAGUGCCUGCUCACUGCUGCCCCCUCACUGUGAGGAUGCCUCCUUGAGUUCUCACACCGUUAACGACUAGUGUCACUUGGAUUCCAAUACAUACACUUGAGAUGAUUUACACCCUUUGGUCCUCAUAUUUGAGGCAUAUUUUGGUGACACAGGCUGCAGAAGGAUCUCAGAAUGAAUUAUCUUGUAUGCAUAAUGUAGAUAUACUUUUCUCAGUGUGUUUGUGGGUGCGUUUUAUACAUGUUUGUGUAUUGUCUAUGUAUUCAAUGGAAAACCCACAAAAAUAAAGUGAACAUGAUUGUCAUUA